UUGGCGGGCAGACGGCUGAGGACCGGACACCCCAGAAUCAGGAGACUCCUCUGCAGGAGAUAAGACCCUGCGUCCACAGCAGCUGCCUCUUCAGAAGUUUGGCAAUCCAGGCUGGCACGAUGCGUGUGGUAGUGAUCGGAGCGGGCGUCAUUGGGCUGUCCACCGCCCUCUGCAUCCACGAGCACUACCAGUCAGUCCUGCCAUCGCUGGAUGUGAGGGUCUACGCAGACCGCUUCACCCCGCUCACCACCACUGACGUGGCUGCUGGCCUCUGUCAAGCCUACCUCUCGGACCCCAGCAACCCACAGGAGGCGCAUUGGAACCAGCAGACCUUCGACUAUCUUCUGAGCCACAUCCAUUCUCCCAACGCUGCGAGCAUGGGCCUGGCCCUAAUCUCAGGCUACAACCUCUCGCAUGAAACUAUUCCGGAUCCUUCCUGGAAGGACACAGUUCUGGGAUUUCGGAGGCUGACCCGUAGAGAGCUGGACAUGUUCCCCAAUUACAGCUAUGGCUGGUUCAACACAAGCCUGGUUGUGGAGGGGAGGAGGUAUCUCGAGUGGCUGACUAAAAGGUUAACUGAGAGGGGAGUGAAAUUCUUCCGGCAGAAGGUGGAGUCUUUCGAGGAGGGAGCAGAGAGCUGCAAGGUGGAGGGCAGAGGGGAGGAGCGGGUGGAGGAUACCAAGGCCCUUACCUCCUCCCAUGCCACCUGCUCUGUUCAUUGCUGCCAGAUGGCAAGAGGAGGUGCCGACGUGAUUAUCAACUGCACCGGGGUGUGGGCUGGGGCAUUGCAACCAGAUCCCUUGCUGAAGCCAGGUCGGGGACAGAUCAUUAAGGUGGAUGCCCCUUGGAUGAAGCACUUCAUUAUCACCCAUGACCUAGCGAAAGGCAUCUACCAGACCCCAUACAUCAUCCCAGGGAUCCAGACAGUGACUCUGGGAGGCAUCUUCCAGCUGGGGAACUGGAGUGAGGUAAACAACAUCCAGGACCACAACACCAUCUGGGAAAGCUGCUGUAGCCUGGAGCCCACACUGAAGGAUGCAAAAAUUGUUGCUGAGUUUACUGGUCUCCGGCCAGUUCGCCCCCAGAUUCGGCUAGAAAGGGAACGGCUUCGCUUUGGAUCUUCAAAUACAGAGGUCAUCCACAACUAUGGCCAUGGAGGCUACGGGCUCACCAUCCACUGGGGCUGUGCUAUGGAGGCAGCCAAGCUAUUUGGGAAAGUCCUAGAAGAAAGGAAGUUGCUCAGGAUGCCGCCGCCCCACCUCUGAAAACACCACCUCCCCAAGAACUCCCCAUUCCCCCAGCCAAGCAAUCAAUAUACCCUCUAAGCUAUCACUUACCCUUCACAUCGGCCCUGGCUCCUUUCUGCAAGAAGCACAAGAUGAGAGGGAAAUGACAAGAUCCAUUCCCAGAGGCGAGUCUGGCCCUACCUGGGGCUCACUUUGAUCACUGGGGUCUCUCCACCCACUCUGGGCCUGACUGUAUGAAGAACAGAUGUAGGCUGUUAUAUUCUAAGUCCUCAGAAAGGAAAGCUCAGAAAAUCAAAGGAGCAAGGAGAAAAUUGGGGAUAACUGAGGUUAGGUAACUUGAGGACAAAUUACACUAAUAUAUUAAAGGUUCUGAAAAGGUGAUUCCCGGGUGGCUCAGCAGUUUAGCACUUGCCUUCGGCCCAGGGGCAUGUUCCUGGAGUCCUGGGAUCAAGUCCCACAUCAGGCUCCCUGCAUGGAGCCUGCUUCUCCCUCUGCCCCUCUCUCAUCAUGAAUAAAGAAAUUAAAAAAAAAAAUAAAAUCUUUAAAAAAAAUAAAUGUUCUGAAAAGUCCUGCAGCAAAGACAUCUAUCUGAUGUUCUUUCAUCCAAUCCUAAACUUAUUUGGUUUGGAAACCUUUUUGCCCUGAGCACUGAUGCCACAGAGUGUACUUGAGGGAAGGCUGUAGUAGAUUUUGUUGCAGGAAGUCACAUGCAGAGCUGGAGUGUGGCGAGGCAGAAGAGGUAAGGCACUGAACUAACACCAUGAUACCCAUUCCACAUCCAGAAUUUCCAACAGUGUCAGUGACCUGCUGAGUGGGUAGAGGGGGCAUGGGGAAAAUCCUGCAACCCACAUGGCACUGGAGAAAUUAGGCAAUGCUUAAUUUCUUCACUUUCCCUUCGCCUAACCUUCUUGCUUCCUCCUUCCCUGAAGAUGAUCUGUAACCAUAUUUUUCAAUGACUUACUGGCAGCUUGAUGAGUUUAGAGAGUAUUGUAUUUCCUUGUUGAAUUGUCUCAGCACUUCUGUCAAAAGUCAGUUGAGCCUUAAAUAUAUGGGUGUAUUUUUGGAAUUUCAAUUCCAUUCCAUUGAUCUAUAGGUCUAUCCAUAUACUCGUAUACUCGUGCUACACUGUCUUGAUUACUGAAACUUUGUAAAAAGUUUUACAGUUAGGAAAUGUGAGUUUUCCAUGUUUGUUCUCUUUUAAGUGGUUUUUUUUUGUUUUGUUUUGUUUUUUUUUUUGCUCUUCUGGGUCCUUUGUAGUUUCCUACAAAUUCUACAACCAGCUUGCCAGUUUUUGAAGAAAAAAAAAAAGCCAACCAGGGAUUUUGAUAGGGAUUGGGUUGAGUUUAUAGAUC